AUGCCAUCAUUCAAGAGCGAUUUUUUUUUGUCGUUUUUGCCUCAACAUCUGGCUUUGUUCGCAGAAUACUUCACGCCGCCCGAGUUCUUCUACCACCAUCCGAUCAACAAUCGAUCGACGAGCUACGAGGAAAGCGGCCGCUUUUUGCAGAGUCGCCCCUUAUGCGCGGCGGAGAGGCUGCAUCUGGCGGUGGAGCCGAUGAAUCUGCCGUUCAUGCACGGUCUACGGCCCAAAGAGCUGAUGAUGGCCAUCAAGGGGAACGAGGGCAAUCCCGCACACUUGGUGCAUCUCGAAAUUUUUGUGAAUGCCCUCAUCCAGCGUUGGUUGCGCGGAACGGACGAAUACGGGAAAAUCCAGAUCGAGCCCGGCUUUUACCGACAGAUUGGCGCUCGUCUUUUGACACUGAUCGACAAGAUGGGCGGGAUGAUGCGCCCUGAAUUGGGAUGGAUCGAUCGGACAUACGAGGGAUUGAAUCUCAUCCUCAGGGCUAGCGAUGGACAAGCGCUGCUAGUGUAUUGGGAUGAUGAGAAUGGCUGUUUCUAUCUGAUUCCCUGCAAUUAUAACUUCCGCCGGGGUCGCUGCCUCGGAAGUUACGAACGAAACGAGAAGGCCCUCGAGAGGAUCCAGGAAUUGAUUGUCCUGGGAAUGCUCCAGAUUUGGCCAAGACCGGAAGUGGAAGCGGAGAGGAUCAAAAACCUUAAAUUGGAAUGCUCGCAGUUCAACGCGUACAACAAGGGCGCCACGCAAAUGGAUCUGUUGACUGAUGCGAUCUGGCGGCCGAAAGGCGAGAGGCAUUCGCCGUGGAUAACCAUCGGCAAUAUGAUCGCCCCGGAAACGACCUAUCCGUUGGACGCCUCGAUGCGGUACGCCUACAAAUACACGAAAAGCUUUGAGAAGACCGGUGAACUGCCACCAAUCACCGGAUGCGGGCCCUUCUCCGGAUUG